AAUCGUAUUUUAUGAGUUAGUGUAAACAAAUUUUGUCAUAUUUAUUAGACAUUAUAUGUCAAUUUUGUUAUAAGGUUUUUACCAAAGAAUAUGGAAUGUUAAAAAAUGAAUAUGGUAUGUUCGAUUGUUGAUUACACUAAAUAGCUAACGUUACAUUUAAAACUCUUUAAUAUUUUCUAAUUAAAAAUGGAAUAUGGAAUGUUAAAAAUGAGUAUGGUAUGUUCGAUAGUAAUUUUAAAAACUCUUUAAUGGGGUUGAUUGGCAAGUGCUUUAAAAGUGCUGUAAGAUCUCUCUACAACCUAAAUUAUUUAUACAGUCCAAAAUUUUGCCAAUCAUGCUCUGUAAAGAUUUUUUAAAGCUACAUAUUUUUUUUUCCUUUUUAUUUAUUUUUAGCUGUGGAAAGCCAUAAAUCUAGAGCACUUAUUUUUUCCUUUAGAAAAUUUAUAUUUAAGUCUUUGAAUCUUUUUAAACCUAAAGCUAAUAUUCUACAGCAAAAUUAUCUACAGUCACAGCAAAAAAAAUCUACAGAUUUAUUUUUAAAGCAAAAAUAUAAAGGUACAGCUCCUUCCAAUCAUCCCCAAUAUUUAAGAAAAAAAAAACAAAUAUUGGAAUGCAAUUAAAUUGAAAAAUCGGGUAAGAACCAAAAUCUUCGCGUCUGCCUUCUUCAACCUCUCAGUGAACUUUAGAAACCAUGAUUCGCGGCGGUAGAAGCUACGUGGCGUCAUCUCGGUCCGUUCUUGUCCGUUUUCAGCUGGGUUACAUGACCGGUACCAACUUUCUCCUCAAAGGUUUCAUCUUUUUGUUAGAUUACUUUGGCUUGAAUGUCAUACAACGACUCUAACUGAUGUUCCUUGCCUCCUCGAUUGCUGCUCUCUUGCUAUUGCUGGAGUCCGCGUGGUACAAUUCGUCAUUAGGACCUCUCAGGACAUGAGCUUUUUUGAAAACCAUUCAGGGGCUGUCCGUUUCUCUAUUCAUAUGGCUUAUCCGAAUGAAAAUGAGAGUUGAGUUUUGUUCGUUUAGGCAUUAAAACAAGUCAUCUGAAUGGUUCAUCUGAAUGGUUCAUCUGAAUGAGUUUUAAAAAUUUAGGCUUAAUUUUGAAAAUCAGUUGACUGAUCCAAAUUGGAUCAUCUGGAUGGGGAAGAAUUUAUCAAAAUUGUAUAAUGUCUAUUAUACCCCCAUGCAAUUAACAAAUUACAAACUCAAACCUAAAAUCAUUUUAUCAUUCAUGAAAAACGACAAAACCAUAAAAAAACAUUUUCCCACCAAAACUACAAACACAAUUUUCCGCCAAAACCACAAAACACAAUUUUUGGCCAAAAUCGCAAUUUUCUCGUAAAAAUGUAAUUCCCGCCAAAACAGCUUUUCCCAUCAAAACACAUUUUACAGCAAAAACUGUAAAAACUGCAAAAACACAUUUUCCCGCCAAUACCGCAAAAUCGCGUUUUCCCGCUAAAACCACAAAAACGUGUUUCCUGCCAAAACCACAAAAACGCAUUUUUCCGUCAAAAUCACAAAACGUGUUUUCCUGCCAAAACCACAAAAUCACGUUUUUCCGCCAAAAUCGCAAAUAACGUGUUUUCCCAUUAAAAUCGCAAAAAAACAUGUUUUCCCGUCAAAACCGUAAAAACGUGUUUUCCGGUCAAAACCUUAAAAACGUGGUUUUCCGCCAAAACCGUAGAAACGUGGUUUUCCGCCAAAACGCAAACACGCGUUUUCCCGCCAAAACCCUAAAAGCGCGUUUUCCCGCCAAAACCAUAAAAGCGCGUUUUUCCGCCAAAAUCGCAAAAACGUGUUUUCCCGUCCUUAAAAUCGUGUUUUCCCGUCAAAACCGCAAAACAUAUUUUUCCGCUAAAACUGCAAAGUUUGAGUACAUGAUGCUCUUACCAUUGCUUUCAUCUUUUCAAUUUUAGUUUUAUAAAAUUUAAGUUUGCACUUUGAGUUUCUACUUUUAGUUGUUUGGAAGUUUAUUCAAAUUUGUGUUUCUAUUUUGAGUUUUAUGGAAAGUUAUAGUCGUAGUUAAUUUUAAUACAAAUUUAAAUAAAAAUAAAUAAAUUUAUAUGAAAUGAAAAUUUAUAAAUGUGAAAUGCUAAUUUUAAAAUAAUUACAGUGUAAAUAUAUUUUAUAUUAAAUAAUAAAAGUUAGUAUAGUUAAAAUUAAUAUCAAACAUAUGAUUAAAUCAAAACAAGAGUAUAUUUGUAAUUUGUUUAUUAAACUCAUCUGGAUGGAAAUAGAAAUAAAUAAACAAACAUAAAAUUCAUCCAGAUGACUCAUCUAGAUAGAGAAACGAACAGCUCCUAAAAUCUGGAUGGAUCAUUUGGAUGGAUCACAUAGAUGGAACAACUGAAUGGAGAUCGUAGAUGGAGAAACUAACAGCCUCUUACUCUUUAAAGUCUUGGUUGCUUAUGUUUCUGUUGAGGAUACUAGUCUGGUUAAAGAAGGGAGUGGAGGACACACAUUCAACUUAGCUACAGAGCCUCUUUGAAAGAGACUGAAGAACCAAAAUCCAUAGUUCCUUCUGGAGGAUCAAGGAAUGCAAGUUUCCAGGAAGAAGAAGUUUUUACCAAGAAUAGGGUCUCCUUUGUUGUAUUUCAUGUGGUCCAACUCCUUCUUCUGUGGUUUGUGCGGAUUACCAGAUCCAUUUGCUUAAAAUUCCUUCCAUGGAGAUCUUAAGGACCAUUUCUGGAAUCAAGUUUUUGUGUUGUUGCCUAAGUUACUUAUUUAUCACCACCACCCAAUCUUCUGGUUACAUGGAUGGAUGCUGGUGUCUCAGCCAUUGUCUUCCACCCUACCCGUUCCAUGGCAGUUAGCACAUCGUUUGGUGGGGACUUCAAGGUAGUUCCAAAAAAUUGGUUUUUAUUUUGUAUUAUACCAUUCAGUGCUUCUUUUAAGAAAUUGUUAUCAGAAAGAGCCAGACGGCUAAGGAUCAUGCACUUGGCUCUUACAAGAAGAAUCAAUGUGACUACUGCUGCUUUCUCUGUGGAUGGCACCACUCUGGCGGUUGCGGCUGAGAAUGUUAUUAUGCUUUAGAAUCCAGACAAGAACAUUCUCUUGUCUGUUUCAGGAGCCACUCAUACGCCAGUCACAAAGCUCUGUUUCGCUGGGAAGCCACGAGUUGUGGUGACAGCGGUUGCUCUCUCCCUGGAUGGCUCAGUGAUGCGUACAACUGAAGUGAAACUUCCGGAAGAUGGCAUAGGAGGCUUAGUGUCCCUCAAUUUUUGGGUGAACCAGACAACAAGACUUUCUCCUUAUCCACAAUCGGUUAUGAACCUCACAAGGAUGCUGGUGUCUCGGCCAUUGCCUUCCACCCUACCCGUUCCAUGGCAGUUAGUACAUCCUUUGGUGGGGACUUCAAGAUUUGGCUUUGCAACAGCGACAAUAGCCAGAACGGCUGCGGACUCUAGCUGGAUAUGUCAUGCAGUUGGCUCUUACAAAUGUCUGCCCUGAAGUAGUCGCUGACGUAGUUGCUGAAGCAGACGUCGUAGUGAGUGGUGAAGACCAUGUGGAGUCAAGGUACUGAGCUGGAGUCGUGUAGACUUGGAGAGCAAGAGAGUAUCUUGGAGAUAUGGAAAGAGGAAUAAACUUGAGGAGGAAGUUUAUGACUUAAAAGAAAGAGGAAUAAGUGCAUUCCAAGAAAAGGAAAGUUGCACUUAUUGUUAUGGAAGAUGUCCAUACAUGUUGCCUUGGAGACUAGGGUUUCGGGAUCAUGGAGAAUAACUAUAAGAUAGAUAUGGGGUCGUCUGUAUAGAGACAGAGACACAGGGGCUGAUCUUAUAGAGAGAGAGAGAGAAGCUCUUGGAAGUGUUCUGGGUCGUGCUGAAUCAGGGGCUGAAGUACUUGACGGUAGAGAGACAUAAGCGGAUAGCUUAGGAAUCUUUCAGUAGCAGCUGUUAGGGUGUUAACAGGCUGGCUAAGAUGAUUAAGCAGAUCUUGUAAUUGAGUGUACAAGGCGAUUUCUAAUAAAGUUAUUGGUGUGUGCUUGUGUAUUUUGUCUCUCGUGAUUUACCUUCUGCAUUACUAUUGUUGUGUCAUCUUUGCACUAACAAGUGGUAUCAGAGCGGGUCACCUAAGUUACUGGUGUAAUCUUGAAGGUGAAGAUGGACACGAUUAUCUCUGUGCAGAAGGCGAUCGUGUUGAAUGCGGACCAAUAUGGUCAUUGGAAGGCUCGCAUGAAGCAGAUGAUUCGAGGAAUCAAUGAAGAUGCGGGAACAGCUGUGGAGAUUGGUUGGGAGGAGCCUACCAUAGUCACAGGAGGUGAGAAGAAGCCUAAGCCAAAAGAGGAUUGGUCAGAGGCAGAACGCAAUGCAUCAAAAUUUAAUGCAAAGGCGUUGUCGGUGAUUUUUGGAGCUGUUGAAGCAGAGCAGUUUCAGCUGAUUCAGGGAAGUACUUCGGCUAAAGAGGCGUAGGAGAUCCUGCUGAAUUCGUUUGAAGGAGAUGAGAGUGUCAAGAGGACACGUCUAUAUCAUCUUGGGUCGCAGUUUGAGAAUCUUUGGUGGUCUGAUAAUGAUUCUGUGGCGAGCUUCAAUGCCAAACUCAGUGCUAUGGCGCAUGAAGCAUUUGUACUUGGGAAGAAGUACAAGGAGAAGAAGCUGGUAAAGAAGUUACUACGCUGUCUUCCAACAAAGUUUGGAGCUCACAAGGCGGUUUCGCAGAUGACUACAAACACGGAUGAGCUCAAGUUUGACAAGCUUGUGGGUAUGCUGAAGGCACAAGAGAUGGAGACAGACAAUAGUUCAGUCUCUACAUCAAGCAGUGCGCCAAGGAGUGUGGCGCUUGUAGCUGACAAAGAUACUGAUAGGUUUCAGAAGAUUGAAGAUGACAUUGGUAUGCUGGUCAGGAAUUUUGGUAAGACGAAUUCUUCUAGUGGGAGGAAUCAGUAUGGUCGCCAUGGAGGUGAUCGUGGCAAUGGCAGAAGGAGAGAAAGUCUCAGGUGCUAUGAGUGUGGAGGCGUUGGUCACAUAAGAUUUGAUUGUCCUGUAGCACAGCCAAGAGAACUUAAGUGUUCUGAGUGCGGAGGUGUUGGACACACACGACGUGAAUGUCCAAACUCAAAGAAGGGAAAAGGAGUUCCAUUGCAGUCGUCUGAUGAUUCAGAGUCUGAAGAAGAUGGAAAAGUGAUAAAGAACCUUGUUGCAUUUGGUGCACGCAAGGAGGGAUCUAUUAAGUCCACUGAUUCAGAUCUCAGCACAGAUGAUGAGGAGUAUCAUGUGCUGCUUAACAAGUGGUUGAGGGUCAAGGAUCAGAAUCUGAGAUUGGAGGAUAUGGCUCAGAAGCAGAACGAGUUGCUUGAAGAACUUCGUGAAGAACUUGCGGCUGUGAAUGAGAAGAAUGAGUCUCUUGAGCAGGAAAAUAGCAAGCUGAGGAAAGUUGCUAUUGGUGAACAAGAGAGAGCAAGGAUGCUGGAACGUGAUUUGGUUGACAAUCACAAACAGAUCAGGAUGCUCAACAGUGGAUCCAAGGAGUUGGAUAAGAUACUCUCGAUGGGUCAACCAGCCAAGGCGAAUUGGGGACUGGGAUAUCGAGGAGCUGAGAGUACUAAGGAAGUACAACAGAAGUGGCUAUCACAUUUCGUGCAUGGGAGCACAUCAAAAAAUGGAGCCAAAGGAGCUUGUCAGGAAGUACGUCGGGACGUACGACAGGGAGUAAGGCAGGAAGUUCUACAGCGCGCAGCUGUGAGUAACAAGCCGAAAGUAGUACAUCAGUGCAACAACAUGAAGGUCAGACAGGAGGUUCUGAAACAUGGUUGUGCAACUAGUACAAGGAAGGAGACUGAUCGGUGCAUCAGCAACUGUGUCAGGCCAAGCAAGAAGCAGCAUCGGAUGUGCUGUUGGUUCUGUGGGAAGGUUGAACACAAGAAGGUGGAGUGUUUUGCUCGCGAGAAGAGCAGAAACAUGGCCAAGAAGGUGAACAAGACGUUCACUAAGCCCAAGAGGGUUGAAGAGGUGUCCUUAGCCAAGAGUGGCUUACUUGAUGAGAUCAAGGAUGAGACAUCAGAAGAUGGAUGCAGCUCUGUUAGGAGUGAUCUUCAGGAAGAUCAAGAAGCAUCAAGCGUGGAGUCAGGACACGGAGUUGUCUGUGACACAAAGGGGAAGGAGAUCGAAGUGCGUCAGGAAGUGGUGCGAGAUGAUCUUCAGGGGUGUGAAAUCACUCCAAGACAAUAGCAACGAGUGCAGAGGGAACUCGGUACGGAUGGGGAAGGGCUCAUGGUCAAGGAGACGACACAUGAAGGUAGCCAGGUCCUCAAUAGAAGUGGGUUGAGAGGUAGCUCGACAGGUGCGUCAGAUCGUGAUGCAGUACUUGUUAUUCCGCUGCAGCAGGGGUUGUGUCAUGAUUAUACAUGAAGAAACAGACGGAUGGGUCUGUAAGGCUUGACAUCUAAGCAUCUGUGUUUUAGCUUAGUAUGCAAUCAAGCAGGGGGAGAAUGAUGAUGUUCUGGUACAGAGAAUGCAUAUCUCAUGGGGGAGAAAAAUAUGGUGUGGUGCACAUCUCGUGGGGGAGAAAAGCACAUUUGAUAUGAAAGUUUCCAGGUGAGGAACGUGGUUGCAACGUGGUUGCUGAACGCUUGAUCGGCACACAAAGCUAAAAGGGGGGAGAUUGAAGAUGUAAGAUGUCUGCCCUGAAGUAGUCACUGACGUAGUUGCUGAAGCAGACGUCGUAGUGAGUGGUGAAGACCAUGUGGAGUCAAGGUGCUGAGCUAGAGUCGUGUAGACUUGGAGAGCAAGAGAGUAUCUUGGAGAUAUGGAAAGAGGAAUAAACUUGAGGAGCAAGUUUAUGACUUAAAAGAAAGAGGAAUAAGUGCAUUCCAAGAAAAAGAAAGUUGCACUUAUUGUUAUGGAAGAUGUCCAUACAUGUUGCCUUGGAGACUAGGGUUUCGGGAACAUGGAGAAUAACUAUAAGAUAGCUAUGGGGUCGUCUGUAUAGAUACAGAGACACAGGGGCUGAUCUUAUAGAGAGAGAGAGAAGCUCUUGGAAGUGUUCUGGGUCGUGCUGAAUCAGGGGCUGAAGUACUUGAUGGUAGAGAGACAUAAGCGGGUAGCUUAGGAAUCUUUCAGUAGCAGCUGUUAGGGUGUUAACAGGCUGGCUAAGCUGAUUAAGCAGAUCUUGUAAUUGAGUGUACAAGACGAUUUCUAAUAAAGCUAUUGGUGUGUGCUUGUGUAUUUUGUCUCUCUUGAUUUACCUUCUGUAUUACUAUUGUUGUGUCAUCUUUGCACUAACACUCAAUGCUGAGUCGUUGGCAACACGGUUUGUAUCGUCAGAGAGACCUUGGGAAACGAUAUUCAGCGGUUCAACACUAAGUUUCCCACCUCUUCAGAAGUUAUGUGGUGAGUUCUUUACACAAACCGAGGAGAUAACUGUGGCUUCUGAGGAAGAGACGACAGUCUAGAGAUUGAAACUGGUGUAAGUUGUGAUUUCCAGCCGGCUUCUUGUGGUAACAUGGAAGGAGAAGACGUGAAUGAUGCACCAGAUUUAGCUGCAGCUGAUAUUGGUAUCUCCAUGGGAAUCUCUGGCUCUGCACUUGCAACACAGACUGGUCAUAUCAUUUCUCAUGUUAAAGUUGUCAAAGACGUGUUCAUAUCAAUCAUUUUCAAAGUAGGAAUACUGAUGUUGGCAUAGGCUCACGGUUUCAUAUAUGGAGAAGCAGAAGCGUAUGUGCAACGCAGACAAACGUUGAAGAUUUCAUUGUUGCUUCCCUUUGGUGAUGAUCAAGAUCCUGAGAAAAUUUCCAUGGAAAAAGGCGUUGGAUGAGACGAUUCCAAUGGAGACGAAAGCUUUCAUGGAAAAGCAAUCCAUCGAAACAGAGUCUUCAACGAAGAGGAAAGGAAUUGAUCAAAAAUUUUACAACCUAGAUCAUCGCAAAUUCCAUUCAAGGCAUUGCAGACCGUAUUCUUGGAUUGCGAGAAUGGAACGUUUCUUUCGUCUUGGCGAACAUGCACGAGAAGAGAGGUUACCCAUGGUUGCAGAGAGCUUGAAAGGAGAUGCUCUGCGUUGGUACAAGGUGGAAUCCAGAGUUGGAUUCACAGAUUGGUUGGAGUUUAAAAGACGUUUAGUGGCUCGAUUUGCGCAGCUCAUGACUUGUUCUUCUUUAAAAAGAGUCAGAUUCCAGGCAAGAGAGUUGAUCAUAAGAAAGAAGUGUUGCAAAAGACUGAAUCACCAUGUGUGGAACUAUCUUAUGAGAAAAAUCUUGAAGCGAGUGCAGAGAUGCCUCAGAAGUGAAAGGAUAUAUCAAAGCCUGCUGUUCUAAUGCUGAUGAAUUCUAAUGAACAUGGGACAUCUUUGUUGCAACCAAACGUUUUCACUAACCUGGUUUCUUCUGAGGAAUCACACCAGAGAUUCUCCGAGGACAAAACCAUGGUUCAAAGUCAAACUCAGAGGUUUGAUAGAAUGCUCUUGAGAAGGAAAACAUUACAUCAUAGGAAGAAGAGAAGUUUAGGUCCAAAGUCUUAGAUGUUUAAAUUCAAGGUCCAGCUAGAGAAGAAAAGGCGACGAAGAAGUCAACGUUGGUUAGCAUAUUUGCAUAACACUGGGGUUACUAGACUAAGGAAGAGGCUUUUGAAACAGUCUCGGAUGUUUAACAACAGAAAUAUUAAGCCAUCCUUAAUAACAAGUGGGGUGGCGUAUCUACAAAAGAAUGAAUCCUUAUUCAACAAGAGAUUAAUGGCAAGCGAACUCCAACAGUACCACAACGGGUUGAUAGAGCAGAAGAGGAUAUUCAGAUUAGUUGACAGAUCUCUAACUGAAGCCAAGAGUGACUCUGAUUUUCGUGAGCUUACUAUUGUUGCAGCAAUAGUAAAAUCUUCAGAAACAAUGGGAUUACAACAAGAUGGUUCAGGAACAGUUUUGUGGUUGUUACUGGAGAAUAAAAGCAGAGAUGAUGCACAACCUGCAGUACAAGUUAUGUCUGAGUUGGCUCACCAAAGGAACAAUAACAGAGAUGCACUUCUGAGGAAACAGUUUUUGAUUGAUGCUGAAAAGUUUCACGUGAAGCAUAGAUUGAGAAGUAAUAUACUGCUGUUUUUGAAGAAGAAUAUACAGCAGCAUGAGCUUUGUGAAAAAGUGUAACAGUAAUAUUAUGCUUCCUCAUAAUAUUCAAAGACAAGGAAAAUUCACUGCUGGGUUGUUGUUUGAGCGAAGCAAGGAACAACAUCAUCAUGAGAAGGGAGACUUUUAUACAAUAGGGAUGUUAACUAUAGGAGGAUAAUGAUGAGUUAUAGAUAAUGACGUAUUUAGAAGUUGGAGUUAUCUAACUAAAAGUCGGUGAUUAUAUUGUAGUAUAUAAACGUGAGAACA